GCUGAAAAAGCAAAAUCUGCUUCAUUUCUCUUGUUUGCAUUAUCUAUCUUUGUUCAAUUUUGUUUCCUUUUAAAUUUCUUGUUAAAUAACCAUGGCUGUGGGAGAGGCUUUUCUCUCAGCUUUCCUUCAAGUGUUGUUUGACAGAUUGGCUUCCCGCGAGUUCAUAGACUUGGUACGCAGCAGGAAGUACGAUGAUUUGCUGGAAAAGUUGAAGAUCACAUUGCUGACUGUCACAGCACUGCUUAAUGACGCAGAGGAGAAGCAGUUUCAUAGCCCUGCAGUGGAGAAGUGGCUGCACAUGGCUAAAGAUGUUCUUUAUGAUGCAGAGGACAUAUUGGAUGAGCUUGCUACCGAAGCUUUGAAAUGUAAGGUGGAAGCUGAAUCUCAGGCCAGCCCAAAUCAGGUAUGGAACUGGAGCUUCAUCUCCACCCCAUCUAGUAGAGAGAUAGAGUCCAAAUUGAAAAAUAUUAUUGAGAAGUUACAAUUAAUUGCGAAAUAUAAAGAAGCCCUUGGUUUGAAAGACAGUGUUGGAGGAAGCUCGUCGGGGCUCAAACAAAGAUUACCAACAACUUCAUUGGUAGAUGAAACUUGUGUCUAUGGCAGAAAUCAUGAAAAGGGUUUGAUAAUCGAGCUGCUCCUGAGGGAUGCACCAAUUAUGAAUAGAAUUGGUGUAGUUCCUAUAUUCGGGAUGGGUGGUAUUGGCAAGACGACUCUUGCUCAAAUUGUUUACAACGAUGAAAGAGUAGAGGAGCAUUUUGAUUUAAGAAUUUGGGUGUGUGUGUCUGAUCAAUUUGAUGUAGUGAGGGUAACAAAAACAAUUUUUAGGUCAAUCACUUGGGAAAAUACUGAUCUCAAUGACUUAAAUCUGCUUCAAGUUAGUUUGAAAGGGAAACUGGUCGGGAAGAGAUUUUUGCUUGUUUUGGAUGAUGUUUGGAACAAGAGAAAUAAUGAUUGGGAUCUCUUAUGGAAACCAUUAAAAACAGGGGCAAGAGGAAGUAAAAUAUUGGUGACAACGAGGAAUAGGGAUGUUGCAUCAAGCAUGGGGACAGUUCCAGCUCAUCAUUUGAGAGGUUUAUCAUUUGAUGAUUGCUGGUCAUUGUUCACAAGUCAAGCAUUUGAGAAUAGAAACAUUGAUUUCUAUCCAAAUUUGGAGGCAAUUGGUAGGGAGGUUGUGGAAAAGUGUGAAGGUUUGCCCUUAGCUGCAAAGAGACUGGGAAUCCUAUUGCGCUCUAGACAAGAAGAAGACGAAUGGAAAGAUAUAUUGAAUAGGAAAAUAUGGGAUCUACCUGAUGAUGAAAGUGAUAUUCUUCAGAGUCUAAGACUAAGCUAUCAUCACCUUCCUGCGCAUUUGAAGCAAUGUUUUGCAUAUUGUUCAAUAUUCCCUCCGGGAUAUGAAUUUGACAAGGACUCGCUGGUUUUGUUAUGGAUGGCAGAAGGAUUUGUGUUGCAACCUAAUGCCAAGAAAAGAUUGGAAGAUGUGGGUGGCGAAUAUUUUCUCGAGCUAGUAUCAAGGUCAUUCUUUCAAGAAUCUAUUGACAAGGAGUCGCGAUUUAUGAUGCAUGGCCUCAUGAAAGAUUUAGCUCAUAUUGUUUCUGGAGAAUUUUGUUUCAGAUUGGAGGAUAACCUAAAGGAUGGUAAUCAAAACAGAAUUCAUGAGAAGGCUCGCCAUUCCUCGUACUUACGCGGCAGACGCGACGUGCUCUCAAAAUUUGAUGCCUUCAAUGGAUUUGAACGCUUACGCACCUUCCUACCGUUAGAUCCAACUGGCACUAUUGGAAUUAGCUAUUUGGCUAAUCAAGUCCCUCGUGAUCUCUUACCAAAGCUAAGAUAUCUACGAGUGUUGUCAUUUAAUGCUUGUUGCCUCACUGAAUUGCCAGAUUCCAUUGGUGACUUAAAACAUCUACGCUACCUGGACCUUUCUCACACAGCAAUUAAAACAUUACCUGACUCAACUGGUACUCUUUACAAUUUACAAACAUUGAUCCUAUUGCAAUGUCGCUCUCUCACUAAGUUGCCUGCAGAUAUGGGGAAGCUAAUGUGCUUACGGCAUCUUUGCAUGAGUGGAAGCAGGUUAAAAGAGAUGCCACAGCAAAUUUGUAGAUUGAAGAAUCUUCAAACAUUAUCUACUUUCACAGUGGGUAAAGAUGGUGGGCUAGGAAUCAGAGACUUGAGAGACAUGUCACAACUUCAAGGAUCACUUGUCAUUUCCGGACUGCAAAACGUUGUCAGCUUUACCGAUGCAAUGGAGGCUAAUUUGAAGGACAAGCAGGGACUUGAUCAGUUGGUAUUCCAAUGGAGUAACGGCUUUGAAGAUUCAGUUAAUUUUGUGGAUGCAGAGGGAGUACCUGAUCAGACGGUAUUCCCAUGGAGAAACAGCAUCGAAGAUUCAGUUAAUUAUGUGGUUGCAGAGGGAGUAUCUGACAUGUCACAGGAUUCAGUUCGAGGCAUGGAAUCUUAUACACAUGAACCUGCUGAGCAAACACUGGGAUGGAGCAACAGUUUGGGUAGUUCAAGAAAUGAAUCAGUUGAAACAGAUGUUCUUGAGAUGUUGCAACCGCACAGAAACAUAACGCAAAUCAUUAUCAGGGACUAUGGAGGUACAAUAUUCCCAACUUGGAUUGGAUCUCCUUUGUUCUCCAAUCUGAUCGUUCUAAGACUUAGUAAUUGUUCAAAGUGUAGUCAUCUACCACCAGUUGGGCAGCUGCCCUCUCUCAAAGACCUCAUGGUUGAAGGAAUGGAAGGAAUUAAAAGAAUAGGCGCUGAGUUCUAUGGUGAUGGCUGUUUUUCUGCUAUGCCUUUUCCAUCCUUGGAGACUUUAAAGUUUGAAAACAUGUUACUGUGGGAGGAGUGGUCUUCUUCUGGAGUUGAAGGCAGAGGAGACUUCAAUAACCUGCAACAGAUUGAAAUCCGUAACUGUCCUAAGCUAAGAAAAUUGUUACACCACUUUCCUGCCUUGAAAAAAAUGAGUAUUAUGGGGUGUGAAGCAUUGGAAAGUCUUCCAAGGGUUUUGACAGUUGAUGAAAACUUAAAACAAGGCAGUGAAUUCCCUUGCCUCCUUGAGCUUUCUAUACGGACAUGUCCCAACCUGAGGGAACUACCCCAUCUUUUUCCUUCAUUGGCAAUGCUUGAAAUAAAUGGAUGCCAAGAAUUGGCUGAACUUCCGGGGCUUCCUUCAAUCCGUGAAUUAGAAGUAAAUAAGUUUGAUGAAAGGGUGUUACAAAGCAUAGGUAACCUGUCCUCGCUUACUUACCUGCGUGUGUGUCAAAUUUCCAUGCUCAUAUGUUUGCUUGAAAGGUUUCUUCAAAAGUUAACAGCUCUUGAAGAAUUACAGAUUGCUAAUCUUGGUGAGCUCACAACUUUGUCCAAUGAACUCGGAUUGCAAAAUCUCCAUUGCCUCCAGCGUUUGGAGAUUUCCGGAUGUCCAUUCUUAAAGGAGUUGCCACAAAGUUUAUACGAACUUUCAUCUCUUAAGGAGUUGAGGGUCUCAAAAUGUCCCUCGCUUGUGUCCUUUCCUGCGACAGGCUUGCCUUCCACGCUCAUAAGACUUGAGAUCAAGGAUUGUAAGGCUCUGAUGUUCCUCCCUGAGUGGAAGAUGCUUAACAAUGAGAAGGUGUUUCCUUUACUUGAAUACUUGGUAAUUGAAGGCUGCUCUUCUCUCAAAUCUUUACCAGGAGGCCAGUUGCCCAGCACGCUUAAAAAAAUUGAAAUCCAUGACUGCAUGAGUUUAGAGUCACUUCCGGAGCAGAUGCAAAGCAAUAUCUGUCUUGAAUUCUUUAAAAUUUCAUGUUGUCAUUCUAUCAUGUUCUUCUCGGAAGGAACUUUUGGGCUGUCCACUGUCACAUCCAGCACUGUCAUGAACCUUAAGGAGCUCUUCAUUAGUAGUUGUAAGAACCUCAAGUCAUUACCUGGAGGCCUACACAACCUCAAGCGUCUCGAUUACUUAGAAGUAGUUGAGUGCCCACUUCUUUUGUCUUUUCCAGAACCUGGCUUGCCAACCAAGCUGCGAUCAGUAAAAAUCUCUAAUUGCAGGAGUCUCAAGUACCUACCAAAUCAGAUGUAUAGCCUCACAUCUCUUGAAGAACUACGCAUAGAUGGUUGCUCAAGUCUUGCAUCAUUUCCAGAGGGGGGCUUACCGGCCAAUCUGCUGUCACUCUCAAUCUUAGACUCUGAGAAUCUCAGGCCCUCAUAUGAGUGGGGGCUGCACAGACUCACUUGUCUAAUGGACUUGUCCUUUGGUGGAUGUCAAGGGUUGGUAUCUUUUCCUGACAAGUGUUUGCUGCCUUCUAAUUUAUCCUCUCUUCAUCUUGAGCGACUGCCAAAUCUUGAAUCUCUGCCCCAGGGACUGGAAAACCUCACCUCUCUUGAUAAUCUGGAAAUAUGGGAAUGUGACAGGCUUGUGGCCUUGCCAGACAGCUCAAAUACUUUAGAGUUGGGGUUUUUAGGAUAUCCUUUGAUAUACAGUUACUAGAGAAAUCUGCUCAAGAAAGGUUUUACUCAAGCAAUCUGCACCGGGAAACAAGCAGUCGAUCUUUCGUUAUAUGGGUUUUGUUCAAAUUUGGUGUGAAGGAUUCGUGGACUAAACUCAUUAAUAUUCCACUCUUAUUAGACUAUCCGGAAAGGCCCUUGGGGUUUUGGAAAAACUGAGAGUUCUUAAUGCAGAAUGCAGAAGAAGUAUGAAGUUGGUCUGCCAUGAGGUAACUUCCUGAUAGUAUGAGUCUUUCAA